UUGGUUAACUUAGUAUUGGUGGUUUUAUUUACAGGUGUUAUCCUAGUGUUAAUUCAGCCUGAGGGUGUAUUCUUUGGGUUUGAUCAUUUGAUUAGGUUCAGUGAUGCUACUAAUAAUAUUAAAUUUUUAGUGUUAACUGUUUCUGCUUUAUUGAUUUAUUCAUGUAGAGUUUACUUAUCUAAAUAUUUAACAGCGGAUGCAUUAUUAGUGCUUUUGUUAUCUAUUAUUGGGAUGUUUCUUGCAUUGAUGGCAUAUGAUUUUAGAUUAAUGUUUAUUGGUUUAGAACUUAUGGGGAUAUCUUUUUAUAUUUUAAUAGCAUUAGAUAAAAAUAUAAAAAGUUCUAUUAAAGCAGGAUUAAACUAUUAUGUGGUUGGUUCAGCUAUGACUGCUAUUAAUUUAUUAGGUAUUGUUAUGGUUUACAAAUCUACUGGGUCUUUUAAUUGGUUAAAUCAAUCACAGAUAAAUUUAUUUUUAGGUAAUGAUAGUACACUAUCAUUAGGGGUAAUGUUGAUUAUUAUAAGCUUAUUGUUUAAAUUAGCAGCAGCUCCAUUCCAUUUAUGGGCUCCUAAAAUUUAUGGGGAUUCUUCAUUAUUUAUGGUUAUUUUUCAAGGGUUAAUUCCAAAAAUGCCUUUAUUAUUUAUUAUGUUCUCUGUUAUAAAUUUUGUUUCAGUAUCUUCUGAUUUAUCUCUUUAUACAUUAAUCUGGCUUUCUGUUUGUUUAUCUGUAUUAUUGGGCUCAUUAGGUCUUUUAUUCCAAAGUAAUUUUAAAACUAUAUUUAUAUACUCUUCUAUUACUAAUAUUGGAUUAGCCUUGUCUGCAGUAUCUAAUAUGUCAGAAACAAGUGCUCAGACAUUAGCGGUAUUCAUUACUAUUUAUACAUUAAUGUCUGUAGCAUUAGCAAUAUUAUUCUUUUCAUUUGGAACUAAUAAUUUAAGAGCAUUAAAAGGAUUAAUAGAAAUUAAUCCUUAUUUAGCUAUAGCAGCAGCAUUAAUUUUAUUUUCAUUAGCAGGUGUUCCUCCAUUAGCUGGGUUUUAUUCUAAGUUUUCAAUUAUUUAUAAUACAAUGUAUAAUGAAACAUUUAUUGUAAUGAUCCCAUUGAUUAUUGGAAGUUGUGUUUCAGCAUUUUAUUAUUUAUAUUUAAUAAAAACUUGUUUCUUAGAUAAACCAGAGUCUAAAACACCUUUGUUUAUUACUUAUUAUCAAAGUUUAUCUUUGUUUGUGGCUACAGGAGUUGUCUUGCUAGUCUCUACUAAGCCCUGGUUAGUAGUUAUUAUUAGUGGAACGAUGUUAGGAAUGGGAGAAACAAUUUAUGUAUAG